AGCCAUUGGAAAAACCACCUCGCCUGUUGUGGCAAGCGGGUAGUUUUAACCGGCAAACACCAUUUGUGGAUAUAUGUAAAAGUGUCAGAGGCUCGGGAGAGCGAGGGGGACGUCAGUUUCACACUCAUUCGGACACCGUGUUCACCUGGACAGUCAUGAAGGCUUUUUUUGUGCUUGCCACAUUGCUGUGGUGUUUAGCGACAAGUUUAUCCUGGGCAGCCAAGAUUGUGGUAGUUCCUCCAAUCAUGUUUGAGAGCCAUCUAUAUAUCUUUAAGACUCUGGCUUCGGCUCUCCAUGCCGAGGGCCAUGACACCGUCUUUCUGGUUUCAGAGGGCCGUGAGAUCCCACCUUCCAACCAUUAUCGUCUCCAGCGAUACCCUGGGAUUUUUAACAGCACUUCAGCUGAUGACUUCCUCCAAUCAAAAGUUCGCAACAUCUUCUCAGGGCGUCUCACAGCACUGGAGCUUUUUGACAUCUUGGACCAUUAUUCUCAAAACUGCGAUGCGGUUGUAGGAAGUACUUCUGUCAUGGAGCAGCUAAAACGUGAACAUUUUGACCUGUUGCUCGUCGAUCCCAAUGAGAUGUGUGGAUUUGUCAUAGCUCACAUUUUGGGUGUCCAGUAUGCAGUAUUUAGCACAGGACUGUGGUACCCUGCUGAAGUUGGGGCACCAGCUCCCCUAUCUUAUGUCCCGGAAUUUAACUCUCUACUAACGGACCAUAUGUCGUUGUUUCAACGGGUAGCUAACACAGCGGUGUACCUAGUUUCCAGGUUUGGUGUCCAGUUCCUGGUUCUACCUAAAUAUGAUCGCAUUAUGAGGAAGUACAACAUCCAGCCAUCUGUCUCCAUGCACGAUCUGGUUCAGAACAGUCGACUCUGGAUGCUGUGUACUGACAUGGCACUGGAGUUCCCACGACCAACUUUGCCACAUGUUGUCUAUGUAGGGGGCAUCCUCACUAAACCUCCCAGCCCAUUACCACAGGAGUUUGAAACCUGGGUGAAGGACACAGAUGAAGAUGGUUUCGUGGUGGUCUCAUUUGGUGCAGGAGUGAAGUAUUUGUCAGAUGACAUUGCUCAGAAACUCGCUGGAGCCUUGAGCCGUCUGCCCCAGAGAGUCAUCUGGAGGUUCUCUGGAGUUCCUCCAUCAAAUCUUGGCAACAAUACUAAACUAGUGGACUGGAUGCCACAGAACGACUUGCUGGGCCAAACAAACACACGGGCCUUCUUGAGUCAUGGUGGCUUAAACAGCAUAUAUGAGGCCAUGUAUCACGGUGUGCCUGUGGUUGGUGUACCGCUGUUUGGAGAUCACUAUGACACCAUGACAAGAGUUCAAGCUAAAGGCAUGGGUAUAAUGCUGGAGUGGAAGAGGAUGAGCGAGGAAGACCUUUACACUGCCAUGGUGAAUGUCAUAACAGACAAAAGGUAUCGUGAGCGAGCACAGUUGCUGUCUCAGAUUCAUAAAGAUCAGCCUGGUCAUCCAGUAAGUCGGGCGGUUUACUGGAUUAGCUACAUUCUCCGCCACCGUGGCGCAGAACACCUCCGCUCUGCAGUCUACGAGAUCCCUACCUACCAGUACUUCUUAUUGGAUGUCGCCAUGGUGAUAGGAGUGUGCCUGCUUCUUACUGGCUAUUGCCUAUACCGAAUAGUCAAGUUCAUCCAAUUUCGACUGGGGCGUGGUUCUUCUCCAGGGGAGAAGGUGAAUGGACACUGUCAUAAUGGAAUUCCUAAUGGCAAGCACAAAAGAAAUGGCCACGUUAAAAGUAUGGAAAAGAAACUAAAGUAGAGCACAUUUACGCUUCACUAAAGAGAGGAAUUAACUACUCUUCACCCAGUGCAGGGCCUAUACAGGAAAUAAAUAUAUGGGUCAAUAACGAAACAAACCAACCAUUAUAAAAACAAACUGUAAGUGGCAAGCCAAAGUAUGGACGAAUGGAAGAAAGGCAGAAAACAAAAAAGGGAAACUCCUGAGGAAGUUUUUUUUUCCCUGUUGAACGGAGCUAAUGUUCAGUUGUGGUCCUGAAGUUUAUCCUUGUGGAAAAAGCAACAGAUUUGAAGUUUAGCAAUUAGUGUUUUAACAAAAAGCUGUAAUGCUAAGGGGCAUCAGGUUUCACGGCAUCCGAAUACAACAAAGAUCUAUUUAUAUCAAAUUAAUACUUUUUUUUUUGCACACAGCACUGUUGAGUGUUGUGCACUGAAUAUCAUUUAUGCUCUGUAUUUAUAUCUCACGCACUCCGUCCCAACUUUGUUUUCAUAACUUUAGCAAUAAUAAUAAUUGGACAAGCAAUCAAAUUUGCUAGUGUUUAUAUUGUCAGCCUUACUUUAAUAUUUCACUGCAUCUAACAUGUUUUGAUGUUAAUUUAUAGCCUCAUUUCUUAUAGACAAAAAUCUGCACUACCUAAUACUGCUAGUUCUGCUAGCUAUGCUAGAACCUUUGAUGGGGAUAUCUUGAAAUCUUGCUUACAUUUACAACACCUUUGGGAUGCUAGAAAUCAUUAUACUGAAAUGCUUACAUUCUUACAGCAUCUUUGCCUCUUUUCCCUGUUUGUUUUGUUGUUCUCAGCUUGUAUCGUUCAAUGAACAACGCAGCAGUUUCCCUAUAGAAAUGUGCAGGUCAGGUGGAACAUCCCUCACACAGUCCUUCUGUUGGCAGAUAUGGGUUAAAAUGAGUAAAAUUAUACAUUUUAUAUGAAUAAUUAAGACAUUUUACUCAUAUAUUUUUGUUGCUUCAUGGCUGUUUAGAUUUUGAAAUUUGAUUUCUUCCUCAGUGCAGUCGUCAGUUCUUCUUUACUAGAUAGUUUCUUUCAUUUACCAAAUCAGAAGGAACUUAGGAGGAACUUUUUUAACGAGGGUAUACAGUAGUUUUUAUGUGUGAGUGCCUGUGUCUCCCAAACAAGCUACUUUUUUAUUGGAAUGUUUCAGAUGAGUGUUGUUAUCAAAGCAAAACACUGUUUUCUGACAUGUUCCCACAAAUCAAUAGGCCUAGAAUGACCUAAAGGAUUUUGGUAGUCUACUUUUAAUCUUCAGAAAUUUUGACCACAGGAAAUUGCCUGUAAGGCAAUAUUUUGGUAACAUUUCAAUCCAACAUUUAGUUGUUUAAUUUUUCACCAGAUGGUUUAAAAUGUCCAAAUAAAAAUUGCCAGUAAACCAUACUGCAGUUCACAUGCUGGUUUUACAACUAAGUGUCAGACUGAACUGUUUCCAGUAAUGGUCUCAGACUGAAAAUAAUUAUUUUUAAAUGCAUCACAAAAAUCUGAAAUACACUUGACUCAUCCAAAUACAAAGUGGUAUGACAUGGAGAUGUUUAUUGAAUGACAGCAUGUUUCGUUAGGGCUUAUUUUAUUUAAACAAUUUGAAACUGUGUACAUAUUUAGGCCAGUUGGCAUAAUUAUUUGCAUUAUGUAGAGAUUAAAGGCUUUAAAUCUGUUUUUGAAAGUUUAUAACAGAGUGGUGCAAGCAUAAUCCAGAAGAAAAAUAGCUUUUAGUACCUUUGAGAUUUUCCUGAAGGGUUUAUAAGGCAAUUUUCUAUUUAUGAAUUUAAUAAAGUCUAUGGUCAACAUUACUUAACAAUAUUUGAACACUUUGUUCCAUUAAAGAAACACUUACUAGCAAAAAUAUGUUUUAUAAAAUACACAUAAAAGCUUUCAAAUUUAAUUCAUGUUUAUUUCUAUAGCGUUUUUACAAUGUAGAUUGUGUCUACAAUGCAGCAGCUUAACAUAGAAGUUCUAGUAAAUUAAAAACAGCUUUCAGAGUUGAAGUACAGCUUAGUUCAGUUCAGUGUGGUUUAAUUUUCACUGCUGAAAGUCUAAACACUGAAGAGCAAAUCCAUCAAUGCGCAGCUUCACAAGUACCAAACCAAGCAAGCAAGUGGCAACAGCCACGAGGAACAAAACUUUAAGUGACGAAAAAGUGAAGGAAAAUACCUUGAGAGUAGAGUUGUGCACAAUUUGAAUUCACAAUUUGAAACGUGAUUAGUAAACCGCAUGAGGCUUUUAUAUGAAAUAUGCUGUAUAUGUAUUAUUUAAUUUUCCCCGCCCAGAGUAAAUGUGUGACUGCUGUCUGUUUGUGACAGACGUAUUAGCCAAUUGAGUGAGCACACAAUCAGAAUUGUGCGACCGAACUACGUGGAACACCCACAAUAAAAAAGAAGACAGUAUAAUAUGGUAAUAUGGGAAUAUUUUGGUUUCAAAGUCAUAGACAGCGAACUAAAACAGGUUUAAAAAAAAAAAUAUAUAUAUAUAUAUAUAUAUAUAUAUAUAUAUUUAAGAGCUGUCACAGAAUUGAUGCCAUGGGUCACAGAUUAUUGAGUUGAAGCUUGACUACAAAAUUUAGUCGCAAGUCAAAUCGCAAUCGCAAUAUCUGUCAAAAAAAACCCACUAUUAGAUAUUUUCCCCAAAUCGCACAGCCCUACUCGAUGAAACCAGUCUCAGCUGCAUCAUAAAUCAUCAUAAGUCAUGUUUUUGAUGUCAGACAUUGUUUUACUCAUAAAUUAAAACAAAAUAUGGGAAUACCCAAUAGGAAAACCUCAAAAUAACAAUGGCAAAUAAUUAUUUCGGGUUUUAACUGCAGCACUCUGUACAUCAUGAAGAGCUACAUCAUGGCUUUUUCAAAACCACCCUGAGAAGACUAAUAAUCAAACUCAAAACAAAAUGAAAAUUCUCAUUAAAACGAAUCAGAUAAUUCAAAAAAGAAAACAAACAGCUGUUUUUACCAUGAGCUUUCAGCAUUUCUUCAGCCAAGCACUAUUUUAGACUGUCCAUACUUGAAAAUAAACUGGAUGCAAUAUGGCUGCAGAUGCAUCAGAGCUAUGACUGGUGAGACAGUGACACACACACACACACUUUGAACAUUAUUGUUGUUUUCUAGUAGUUGUUUUUUUCUGUAUGAUUUUCAGUAUUAAUAAUAUUAGAUGGUUAACAACAGAGGAAAAAGCUGCAGAUGGGCUCCAACCCUAAUGGCUGUGACUGUUUGUGUGAGUAGUAAAUGACUGUAAUUUCUGUAUGCGUGUACAUUUGAAUGAGUUUGCUUGAGCCUUCUUGUGUCCAGCUUUCAAUUUAUAUACUGAUCAUUUAAAACCAUUGCUCCAGUUCACUUACAGUACAUCAGUAAGUUUCUUUGUAACUCAUAGAUUCCCGUUUCCCGAUCAGUCCUUCUUAGAAGUAGUUGUUAAAAGCUGCUUGCAGAAGUUGUCUUUUUUUUUAGUUUUUUUUUUCAAAAUUUCAUGUGUGUCUGUGUUUUCAUGUACAUAAAAAGACAAACAAAACAACUAAUGCUGAAUAAACAUUAAACAUUUUGUUUGCUUA